CUAAACUUACCCCUUUAAAAUAGCCCAACAUCCAAGCAGCCCAGAAAAGAGUUCAGGAUAGCAGUAAACACUUUGACUGAGCUGAUCCAAUCCAGUGGUAACGCAGACAGAAAAUGGAUUCAAGAGAAGACGACGGCGGAGAGCCACUUAGCCGGAUGGCGGAGUGGCGUGAUGUGACGCCUCUUCCUCAAGACGACGGUCCUAACCCCGUCGUCCCCAUCGCCUACAAGGAAGAAUUCCGUGAAACCAUGGAUUACUUCCGGGCCAUCUACAAAGCCGAUGAACGCUCCCCUCGUGCCCUCCGCCUCACCCGACGAGCCAUCCAUCUCAAUCCUGGCAAUUACACUGUUUGGCAUUUUAGGCGACUCGUGCUCGAAGCACUUAAUGCCGAUUUGGACGAGGAAUUGGAUUUUCUUCAACGGAUUGCUAAUUCUAACUCUAAGAAUUAUCAGUUAUGGCACCAUCGGCGGUGGGUUGUCGAGAGAUUGGGAGCUAAUGCUAGAGCCAAGGAGCUUAAUCUCAUUAAGAAGAUACUAUCAAUUGAUGCCAAAAACUAUCAUGCCUGGUCACAUAGGCAGUGGGUGCUUCAGGCAUUAGGAGGCUGGGAAGAUGAACUUGAUUAUUGUCAGCAACUUCUUGAAGAAGAUAUCUUUAAUAAUUCUGCUUGGAACCAGAGAUAUUUUGUUGUAACAAGAUCUCCUUACUUGGGAGGCCUGAAAGCCAUGAGAGCAUCUGAAGUAAGAUACACUGUGGAAGCCAUUCUGGCCAACCCAAACAAUGAGUGUCCAUGGAGAUACCUCCAAGGUCUUUACAAAGACGAUGUUAAAGCUUUGGUUAAUGAUCCUGAGAUCUCAUCAGUAUGUUUGAAGGUAAUAAACACGAAAAACAACUACGUUUUUGCACUGAAAAUGCUUCUCGAUCUUCUUUGUCAUGGUUUUCAGCCAUGCCAUGAGUUCAGAGAUUCUGUAGUCGCUCUUCGAACUUCAGACACUGACCCGCUAGGUCCGGACCUGUCAAUGGCAAUUUGUGACAUCUUGGAACAUGUGGAUUCCUUGAGAGCAAGCUAUUGGAUAUGGCGCAAAAACAAGCUUUCUGUAGCAGCCGUAUGAUUACUUGAUUAGUGGAAAUGAGGUGAAUAAUGUUCAAACCAUCUUGCUAAAUUUGAAAAGUUGAACCAUAAAAGUUCGGGUCGGUUCGGUUCGGUUUGUUUGUUAGAACCAGACAUUAGCCUAAGGAGUACAAAAACUGGUUCAACCUCUAAAAGACGGAUUUUAUAUACUUUUUUUUUCUUUCAAAUAUUCUGUAUUAAUGAGAUUUUAAACUUUACCUACUUAUUUUUUUGGUAUAAGUUUAAUGGUUGUAUGUAUAAAUUAAAACAUAUUAAAUUUACUUUUAUGUUUAAUAUUAUAAAUAAAUUUAAAUGA